AUGGCACGAGUGAAAAAGCCACAUCGUUACCGCCCGGGAACCGUUGCCCUCCGUGAAAUCCGUCGUUAUCAGAAGAGCACAGAACUGUUGAUCCGCAAAUUGCCGUUCCAACGUCUGGUACGUGAGAUCGCCCAGGACUUCAAGACCGACCUGCGUUUCCAGAGCUCCGCCGUCAUGGCGUUGCAAGAAGCCAGCGAGGCAUACUUGGUGGGUCUGUUCGAAGACACCAAUCUCUGCGCAAUCCACGCCAAGCGUGUUACUAUCAUGCCUAAGGACAUCCAGUUGGCUCGUCGUAUUCGUGGAGAACGUGCUUAA